AUGGUGUGGAGGGUCGCUUCAUCUCACUCUUCCCUAUGGGUCAAAUGGACUAAAACAUACUUACUCAAACAAGAAUCGUUCUGGUCACUUCAGUCAAAGAGAACACUAGCUUGGGCUCCUGGAGGCAUAUGGUUUACACACUCAACGCCGAAAUUCUCGUUUCACGCCUGGUUAGCAAUCCUCGAUCGACUCACUCUCCACGGGAGACCGAAUGAUAUCUUGGACUGCAAGCAUCAACCCCUCUUGUCAGUGUUCUGCCAGCAUCCUGUGGAGACUAGAAGCCAUCUAUUCUUUACCUGCAUUUUUUCUGCAGCAGUUUGGUGUGCGUUAACAAAGGGUCUUCUCAAAAGGAACUACUCUUUGAAUUGGCAAGACAUCAUCUCCUUCAUCUCGGAUAACACUCGGCCGCAUCUUAUCCUCUUUCUCACCAGAUACGUUUUCCAAGCCACAAUUCACAGCAUAUGGAAGGAAAGGAAUUCCCGUCGACACGGAGAACAACCUCUCGCAUCAAAUAAUCUCAUCACGGUCAUAGACAAGCAUGUACGCAAUCGCGUCUCCUCGAUAAGGUUGCUCGGAGACACCAAGUAUGAAGAGGCUCUCUACACUUGGCUUGCCGCAAGAAGCUAG